AUGAUAUCGAGAAUGAAACUGAUAUAUCUUUUGUUAGUCUUCUGUUUUUUCCUUGUAAGCUUUCAUGUUUCGUCUGCACAAAAAUGCGGGAACACUGGUUUAUUUAGACCCUACGAUAGAUAUGAUACAAACCGUCACCUUCUACUCUCUUCUCUAGCUUCUAAUGUCUCAGCUCGAGGUGGCUUCUACAAUGCUUCCGUUGGACACGGACCCGAUCGGGUGUAUGCUUCCGGGACGUGCAUCCAAGGUGCUGAACCAAAGGUUUGCUCAAACUGUAUCAAAUUUUCUUCUAAAAGGUUGAUAAAGAAAUGUUAUAACCAGACAGAAGGUCUCGACUGGACCUCCUACAAUGGAAUUCCUUGUAUGAUACGUUACUCUAACCGUUUGUUUUUUGGAUCACUCGAGAUGGAACCAUUUAAUAAGGAGUACCAUAGUCCAGAUUUCCUUGUCAACUUGACAGAGUUUGAAAAAACAUGGGAGGCCUUGAUGCUUAGUGUGAUAGCAAAAGCUACCUCGUCGUCAAACCCAAUGUAUUACGGUGCCGACAGCCAAAAGAUUGGGACUUCCCGAAACAUCUAUGGUUUUGUGCAAUGCAUUAGCGAUAUAUCUCCGCGGAGCUGUGCCAAAUGUUUAAGGAAAAAUGUGGAUCACUAUAAGUUAUGCUGCCGUGGGAAAACAUUUGGCAUUAGUUUCAGGCCGAGCUGUUACAUGCGGUGGGAUCUCUAUUCAUUUUAUAGAGUUUUUGACAAUAAGACGUCACCCACACUUCCUCUUGAAAAAGGUAGAAUAUCUCUCAGAAGUUUAGAUGGCAGAAAGACUUCUACAGGACUAGUACAUGUUGUUCUCGCCUUGGUGGCCAGUGUGCUGCUUGCUCUAGGGUUUUGUAUUCUUUAUAGAAGGAGAAAAACGUACCAUGAAUUUGCAAUUGAAAAUGAUAUUACAAGAUCAGGCAUAGUUCAAUUCGAUUUUAAUACAAUUGAAGCUGCAACAAAUAAUUUUCAUAAGAGUAACAAGCUAGGUCAUGGUGGAUUUGGUGAAGUUUAUAAGGGAGUAUUCCCAAAUGGAACAGAAGUUGCUGUGAAGAGGCUGUCUAAAACUUCAGGUCAAGGUGAACAAGAGUUUACGAACGAGGUGCUUCUUGUAGCUAAGCUCCAACAUAAAAAUCUGAUUAGACUUCUUGGGUACUCUGUCAAGGGCGAAGAAAAGAUACUCGUCUACGAGUUUGUACCGAACAAAAGUCUCGAUUAUUUCCUUUUCCACCAUGAAAGGAGGGCUCAGCUGGAUUGGAGGAAACGAUACAACAUUAUUGGAGAAAUAACUCGUGGGAUUUUAUAUCUUCAUCAAGAUUCACGACUGACAAUCAUACAUCGUGACAUUAAAGCGAGUAACAUUCUCCUGGAUGCUGAAAUGAACCCGAAAAUUGCUGAUUUUGGUAUGGCAAGGAAUUUCAGAGUGGACCAGACUGAGGACAAUACAAUAAGAGUAGUUGGAACAUUCGGUUACAUGCCUCCCGAGUAUGUGGCGAAUGGACAGUUCUCAAUGAAAUCUGAUGUGUAUAGUUUCGGAGUUUUGACUCUGGAGAUUAUUCUUGGCAAAAAGAAUAGUAGCUUCCACCAGAUACAUGGUUCAGUAUGCAACUUGGUCUCAUAUGUAUGGAGGGUUUGGAACAACAAAACAUUAUUGGAACUCGUAGACCCGACCAUGGGAGAGAAUUAUGAUAAAUAUGAAGUCGUUAGAUGCAUCCAUAUCGGGUUAUUGUGCGUUCAAGAAAACCCUGCUGAUCGUCCAACCAUGUCCACAGUAAUUAAGAUGCUCACUAAUACUUCAAUUACUCUACCUGUGCCUCAACCACCUGGAUUUGUCUUCAGGGCCAGAUCUGAGCCAAACCUAUUAAGCAAGAUAAUGCAGAUUGGUCCGUCUACUACCAUGUCUUUCACUUGUUCCAUUGAUGAUGCAUCAAUCACGGAUGUUUAUCCUCGUUGAAAUUAUC